AUGGUAAUGUCGCCCAGCAGACGACUGUCUUCGCCAGGAAUAGCAGCCCACCCGAUGAACAUGCACUUGAGCUCCCUGCAACACUCGCAGCUGCAACUGAACGCUCAAAUGCACCAAAAGCUGACGGCCGGACUGACGCCGAACCACAUGAGCGGGUUCUUCAAGAGCCCCUCGACCUCCCCCAGCAGCAUUAAUGCGAAUAUGAGCAAUAGUGGCGCCAGCGCCUUGACCUCCAGCACCAGCAGUAGCGCCUCCGCCAACAGCAGCACCGCCAACGGGACCAGCGAGCGCAGCGGAUCGCGCGACUUCCGCCACAGCUCCCCACCGACCUCCACCGGCACCGGCACCGGCAGCAGUAUGCCCUCCGUGACCGAGCUGUCGACCCACCCGCUCAAUCGGCUGCAGUCGAUGCAGCCCUUCGACUUCCGCAAGCUGUCGGCGGCCGCCGCCAGCCUGAGCGGCUUCUCGGCGGCCGCCGCCGGGUUGCCGCCGCCGCGGCUCAGCCCCGAGGCGGCCGUCGCGCAGCACCACUUCAACCAGCAGCAGGCUGCGGCCGCCGCCGCCUACUCCCAGGCCGUCUCCACGGCCAAGCGGCGCAACUCGCAGACCUCGUCCCUGGACGCGGCCAGCUUCAUGAACCUCUCGAUGGGCGGCCACGGCCUGCCGUUCCCGCUGCCCCCGCCGCCACCGCCGCCCACCUCGGUCGCCAUGUCGCUGGCCAGCUCGCUGAACCACUCGGCCGCCGCCAUGGCCGCCGCCGUGUCCGGCAACCCGCUCGCCGCCAGCUUCGUGGCGCAAUCCUUCCCGAACCUGCUGGCGGCGUCCGCACGUGACUCGGCCCGCAGCAAGUCCCCGUCCCACCACCCGCGGCACAAGGGCAGCGAGCAGUCGCAUCCGCACGGCAAGGGUUCGGAUGGAAAGGGCCCCGCAAACAGUGAACAUUCGUCGCCGUCCUCUUCCUCGUCGGCAGCGAGUCGCAGUGACCGACGGAGUGACCGCGGGGAUGCCGAUCGUGAGUCGGACCACCACCCCCACCACCACCACCGACACCCGCACCAUGAGUCGCGGGAACGGGAGCGGGAAAACGUCCUCAACUUAAGCCGCGAUCUGGCCGCGGCGGCUGCCGCUAACCGGCGCCUUCAGCCACCGGGGAUGGCCCCCGCUAUGUCGCGGCUGGCAGCGGCCGCCGCCGCUGGCCACCUGCCGCCGUCGUCCCACCUGAAGAAGCCGUCGUCACCGAGCAAGCGGCAGUGGGGAGCGAUCCCGCCGAACCUCGGCACGCAGUACGUCAACCCGGCCACCGGCAAGAAGCGCGUCCAGUGCAACGUCUGCUUCAAGACGUUCUGCGACAAGGGCGCCCUGAAGAUCCAUUUCUCGGCGGUGCAUCUGCGCGAGAUGCACAAGUGCACCGUGGAGGGCUGCAGCAUGAUGUUCAGUUCGCGGCGCUCCCGGAACCGCCACAGCGCCAACCCGAACCCGAAGCUGCACUCGCCGCACCUGCGCCGCAAGAUCUCCCCGCACGACGGGCGCAGUGCCCAGCCGCACCCGAUCCUGCUGUCGUCGGCCGCCGGGAUGCCGCUCCCGAACGGACUCAGCCCGUUGCACCCGUUUGGGCCGGGUUUCCCGGGGCUCCUUCCGCCCGGGGACCUGCGCGGUCACCCGUCGCUGUCUGCGCUCGAGUUUAAGGCCAACAUGGAGGCCAGCAUGCACCGGCGGCUGGCGGCGGAGCACCACGCGCACCACGCCCAGGCGCAUCACGCAGCGGCCGCGGCAGCGGCGGCGGCCGAGAAGCACCGAGCGUCGCUCAGCCCCGAGAACUACCGCUACCGCAGUCCGCACAGUGACACCCCGGACCGGUACCUCGGGGGGUCCUCAUCCGGUGCCUCCUCGGGAGCGCCGGGACGCCGGCUACACAGCUCCGGCAGCCGACUGGACGAGGACGACGGUGAGGAUGACGACGAGGAUGACGACGACGAGGACGAGGACGACGAGCGGAACGGCAUCGUGAUCGACGGACACGACGUGGACGAUGGCGAGGAUGGCCACCAGUUUGACCUCUCGCUCAGCUCCGAAUCGGACGGUGGCCGGCGGGACGAGGAUGAGCUCGAGGACGAGGACGAGGAACCGCAAGACUUUAGCCUGACCAAGCGUCGCCGGAAUGGCGGUGCUGAGGGCCGGAACGCCGCCGGACUGUCGGAGGACGGUGACGAGCUGGCGAGCAGCAACGGGGACGGGGACAGCAACGGUGAGGUGACGCGGGACGACGUCAGCGCGUUCCUGUCGAUCGCGAACAAGCGCAAACGCAAGAGCCUCAACCCGACCAAGUGCGCCGUUCCGCCGUCGCGUCGCCCGUCCCUGGAGGAGGCCGACGGGAAGGCGGACGCGGACGAGCCGCGGGUGAAGAAGAUCAAGGUGGAAGCCGACGACGAUCAGACGGCGCCGCUUGCGCUGCUCAGCCCCGUCACCAGUGACGUCACCGAGCGCCGCUCGAAGUCCCCGCGCUCCGGCGUCACGCCCGUGGCCCGCUCUCCUUCGCAGCAGAAUGGAAGCGAUUGUCGCGAGUCGUCGGAGGCGGCGUCCCCUCCGGCGGCGGUUCGCAUCAAACCGGAACCGAGCGAGGAGGAGGACAGGGCCGCACCGGAAGCCACGGAUCUGUCGCUCGAUCUGUCCAAGAAGCGCUCCGCCAGUCCGGACGUGAACGCGAACGAGAAGGGCCCCGCGGUCCGGUACUCGAUCGACGUGCGACCUCCCUCGGAACUGCUCGAAAACCCGGUUCCGUUGGUGCGGCCGAAGCAGGAGGGUGACAACGGAGUCGACGGGGCCGGUCGUCCCGGGUCAGCCGACAGCAAGAAGAGCGCGGAGGGAGGCGCCUUCGACUCGGCCAACACUCUGCGGCGGCUCGAGAACCUGUCCCAGGGACCUCUCAGCGACAUGAUGAUGCAGCGGGCGGCCAACGUCGGGCUGCUCGGUGGGCCGCAGUUCCCUCCGCUCAGCUACCUCAUGAGCGGGGCGGCCCCACCGAGUCCGGCGCGCUCGCGGAGCUCGUCGCCGGCCGCGGCCACUCACGAGCAGGACCCGGAAUCGGACGAUAACGUCGAUUACUGCGAGGAAGGCAACUGCUUUAGCGAUCCGGAUGUUCCGCUCGAUCGGGACAACCCGAAGAAGUGCUCGGCGUGCGGCAAGACGUUCCAGAACCACUUCGCGGUCAAGACGCACUACCAGAACGUGCACCUGAAGCUGCUGCACCGCUGCAACAUCGACGGCUGCAACGCGGCCUUCCCCUCGAAGCGGAGCCGCGACCGCCACGCGUCCAACCUGAACCUCCACCGGAAGCUCCUCUCGACCGGCUCCCCGGGCGAUGGCAACGAUCCGGCCCAGGAGAAGCCCCCGCAGUUCCCGGGUGGCCCGGGCGGUGCCUUCCCCAACACGCUCCCCGCCGAGUUCCUGGCCCGCCUGUACGCCGACUCCCAGAAGUUCCCGAUGAGCAUGGAGGCGUUCAAGGGGGGCGCCAGUGCGGCGUACGCCGAGCUUAGCUUCCUCAACGGGGCCGCCCAGCGCGGUUUCCCACCGGCCGCGGCCAACCCGUUCCUCUUCCCACCGCUCGGCGGACUGGCCGCCUUCCCCGGGCUGUCGCAGUUCUCGCACCUUCUACCGCACCCGCUGAACGGCAUCUCUUCGCAGCUCGGAACCGGCACCGGCACCGGCUCCGGUGGUGGUGGUGGCGGUGGCCGCAUGUCCCGGUCCGACUCCCCGAUAUCCGCCUGCUCGCCACCCGCCACCUCCAACAUUCCGUCGCCCAUUUCGCAGCACGACGAGCGGCACCGGACCACGCCAACUUCCGGCGGAACCACGUUGCUGUCGGAGCCCCGCUCGUCGGUGGUGGACGGACGCGGACGCUCCCCGGACUCGCUGUCGUGA